AUGUCGUCCGACUCAGAUUCUCAGAACCAAAGCUACAGCCUAGGCAAGGAUUUGCCGAUAAGUUCCUUCUCUUCCUCUUCAUUUUCAAGUUCACCACCACUUAGCCCUAGGAAAUCAACCUCCGUCCUUACCCAAUCGAAAGCCUCUUAUGGCAGCGCUACCUCUACUCAGCGUCUGGUCGCCCCUACACCUCCUUCCACCUCCAUGAAAGCUUUGUCCAAGAGCUCCAAGAAACUUAUAAACCCUCUGACCAAAACUUCUCGGCCUAGGGCUAAAACCCCACAAAAACCCAAGUCUACUUCUAAACUAAGGGUAAAGACACCAGCCAAGACCAGGAUGUGUCCGUCAUUUAUGGCCGUGUCCAAACCUUAUACCAAGCCUGCCCCACCACCAUUUAUCCCGAACAUAACCUUGGUGGGUGCAACGCAUGAAACCCUUCCUACCUAUGCCCAUACCGCACCAUCUCCAGCGGUGCGUCCACCUCACCCUCUAUCCAUUAAACCCUUAGCCAUAUUUUACCCUAUUGAUUCAGACACGUCUAACCAGCCAUCACCUUCACCUAUCCUAAUAUCCUCUCCGGGGACGCCUCACACACCUGUGGGCACCCCGUCAUUCACUCCACCUAUCCCAGCCUCUGAAAGUCCUGCGUGA